AUGGCGAGCUUAAAACGGUCAACCGAUUCCGAUCCGCUGGCUUCAAAUAUCUCAAGCAAGGUUUAUGUUCGCUCAACUAGAAGUGGCAAAGUGCAGAAAAUUGUGAGAGAAGUCUACCUACGAACGGAUAUUCCUUGCUCUUCGAAGCUUUGCAGGGCUUGUCUUCAGGACGUUCCCAGGAAUGCCGCACAACAAGCUCAAUCUUUCGUCCUCUCGGACAAGCCUGCGGGCACUAAGGCUUUCCCUCAGGGUCAUUAUCUAGUACCUGAUACUAACGCAUUGCUAAACGCGAUGGAUCUCUUUGAGCAGAGCUCGGCCUUUUAUGACGUGAUCAUCUUGCAAACAGUGCUCGAGGAACUGCGAAAUCGAUCACUGCCUCUCUACAACCGCCUAGUAGGGCUCACGAAAAGCGAGGACAAGCGGUUUUACGUCUUUUUUAACGAUUUCAGGCUUGAGACAUUUGUUCACCGAGAAACGAAGGAGAGCGUCAACGAUCGUAAUGAUAGGGCUGUCAGGCAGGCUGUCAAAUGGUACGGCGAGCAUCUUGCCAGCACAAAUGCGAAAAGGGUUCCAGCGGUUGUAAUGCUUAGUGAUGAUCGGGAAAACCUUCGCAAAGCUAGAGAGGACGGGCUUCACGCAUCCUCUCUAAGGGACUACGUGGGCAGUCUUGAGGACGGUGAUAGGCUCCUCGAUAUGGUGGCAGAGGCACAAAACCAAGGAUCAUUCAAGACGCAAGGCCAGAUGCUCUACCCCGAAUAUUUUACCCUGUCGAAAAUGAUGACUGGAGUCAAAGCCGGUUUGAUGCACCAGGGCAUCUUCAACGUCUCACCAUACAACUAUCUCGAGGGUUCUAUCAAAGUUCCAGCAUUUCCAAAACCUCUCCUGAUUCUUGGUCGCGAAAACAUUAACCGAUCUGUCGAUGGCGACCUUGUAGUCGUCGAGGUUCUUCCUGAAGAUCAGUGGAAAGAGCCUUCAACCAAAAUUAUUGAGGAGGAUACCAUCACCAAGAAUGAAAACGCAGACGUGGAAGAGAGCCAAGAUUUUGUCUCGGAAAAGGAGCGUAAAGCCCUUCAGGAACAGGUCAAGAAGACCCAGAAGAGCGCUUCCGAGAGCAAGCCCCAGCCCACAGCCAAGGUUGUUGGUGUAGUCAAGCGUAACUGGCGUCAAUACGUUGGCCAUAUUGACCCUUCGUCGGCGAGCAGGGCUUCUAGCCAAGGUCGCAAGCAAGACAGCGUCUUCCUCAUCCCCAUGGACAAAAAGAUUCCAAAGAUUCGUCUCCGUACACGGCAGGUAGCCGAUCUCCUCGGCAAACGUCUCUUAGUAACCAUUGAUGGUUGGGAGCGUGACUCCAGGCAUCCUAUUGGACACUUCGUGCGGUCUUUGGGUGAGCUAGAGACCAAGUCUGCCGAGACUGAAGCUCUAUUGCUUGAGUGGGAUGUUCAGUAUCGACCAUUCCCCAAGACUGUGUUGGACUGCCUUCCCAAAGAGGGACACGACUGGAGAGUGCCCACAAGCAUGGACGAUCCUGGUUGGAGGCAGAGAGAGGAUCUUCGAGGCCUCCUUAUCUGCAGUAUUGAUCCUGUUGGUUGUCAGGAUAUCGACGAUGCCCUUCAUGCCAAACAACUACCUAAUGGAAACUAUGAAGUUGGUGUCCACAUUGCUGACGUCUCCAACUUUGUCAAGCCCGCCAACGCCAUGGAUACUGAAGCCAGUAUCCGAGGUACCACUGUCUAUCUAGUGGACAAGCGUAUUGACAUGCUUCCUCCUCUGCUAGGUACAGAUCUGUGUUCGCUCAAGCCUUAUGUUGAGCGGUUUGCAUUUUCUGUACUCUGGGAGUUGAAUGACAAUGCUGACAUCGUCAAUGUUCGCUUCACAAAGUCUGUCAUCAAAUCACGAGAAGCUUUCAGCUACGAACAGGCCCAAUUACGAAUAGACGAUGAUUCCCAGCAGGACGAUCUUACUAAGGGUAUGCGCAUGCUCCUGAUGCUCUCCAAGAAACUCAAGAAGAAGCGAAUGGAGGCUGGUGCGUUGAGCCUUUCUUCCCCAGAAGUCAAGGUGCAGACUGAAUCCGAGACGUCUGACCCUAUUGAUGUCAAGACGAAGCAGCUUCUUGACACCAACUCCCUUGUCGAAGAGUUCAUGCUUUUCGCCAACAUCAGCGUCGCGGCCAAGAUCUACGAGGCCUUCCCUCAAACUGCUAUUCUGCGUCGCCACGGCGCUCCUCCGAAAACCAACUUCGACGAGUUGUCGAACCAGUUGCGCACCAAGCGCGGUAUGGAAUUGCGCACUGAUUCCAGCAAGGCUCUUGCUGAUUCUCUGGAUCGAUGUGUUGACCCUAACGAGCCCUUCUUCAACACUCUUGUGCGUAUUAUGGCGACUCGUUGCAUGAUGAGCGCCGAGUAUUUCUGCUCUGGUACCCAAGCCUAUCCCGAGUUCCGCCAUUACGGUCUUGCGUCAGAGAUUUACACUCAUUUUACAUCUCCCAUUCGUCGUUACGCCGAUCUGCUGGCACAUCGACAGCUUGCCGCCGCCAUUGAUUACGAAGCCAUUCACCCUAACGUUCGUAGCCGAGGACGCCUCGAGGCCGUCUGCAAGAACAUUAACGUAAGGCAUCGCAAUGCCCAAAUGGCAGGUCGUGCCAGUAUUGCCUACUACGUCGGACAAGCUCUCAAGGGCAAGGUCGCUGAGGAAGAUGCGUUCGUUAUGAAGAUUUUCAGUAACGGCUUCGUCGUCCUUGUUCCACGCUUUGGUACUGAGGGUCUGAUCCGGCUGAGGGAUCUCGCUGAGUCCGAGCCAGAAGCUGAGUACGAUGCUGAGACUUACACACUUACCACCAAGGGAAGCCGAGAGAUCAAGGUCGAACUAUUCCAAAAGGUCAGGGUUAGAGUCCGUGAUGAGAAGGAUGAGAUGACCGGCAAGCGGGGUGUCAAGAUGGAGUUGAUCGAAGCAUAG